CGCGGCGUGGCCGAUUGCGCGCGGCCGCCAAGUUAAAGUCAAAGGCAGGCCGAGGGGCCUGGAGACUUUGCAUUGCAACAGGCGGCGGCGGCGGCGCCUCCUCCUCCUCUCUUGCGCCUGGAGAGAGUGAGAGGAGCCUGGUGCCAACGAGGAGGAGGAGAGCCGUCCCGAGAGGGGAGCCGUUUCAGCCUAAGCAAAGUUGUGCGCCCGAUCCCUCCCCGUCGUUCUUGGCGUGCGCGCACGUUUGGCUCUGUUCGUGCCUGCUGGCUCUUGGGGCUUCGCGGCGAGGCGAGCUCAUGAUGUACACCAUUACCAGGGGACCAAGCAAAUUAGCUACCCAGAGGAGGACAGGUCCCACGCAGCAGGUGGAAAGCAAAUUGGCGGACUUGAAAUGCCGGCGGCGGCAGCAGCAGCAGCAGCAGCUCAGCUCGUGGCCUCUCUCAAGCUCAGCUCCCAAGCUUGUGUUCAACAGGCUAAAUGGCAAAAGACGCCUGCUCGUUUCCCAGUCCACGUCAGCCACGGAAGAAAGCUACACCGUGGCCCACGAAGAAAAUGUGCGGUUUGUGUAUGAAGCCUGGCAGCAGGUAGAGCAGCAGCUGAGCGACAGCCAACAAGGACAGAGUGGAGCUGGCCCUGUGCAGUACAUGGAUAAAACGCCCAGUCCUGAACUGAAAGAUUUUGUGCCCAUAGACCUAGAAGAAUGGUGGGCCCAGCAAUUCCUGGCAACCAUUGAGAAUGGUUCUUAAUGAGGGGGUUUUGUAGAAAAGAUUAAAAUAGAAAAUUAAAUUUUAUUGUAAGAAAAUGCACACUCCUCCAAGCAGCGAGAGAAGAAGAGGAGAGAAGGAGAGAGAGAAGACGGCCCACGGCAGACCCACCCUUGCCCCCGUUCUGGGGCCAGGAAGGAAAGCGGCAUGCCGCCUGCCACCAGGACCCCUCGCUGCGCUGGGAUUCGCGCAUGGACAAUGCCUAUGGACUGAACGCUCUGGGCGUGCUUUAGCCGAGCGGGAAGGGUGGCUGUGGGGAAGGGCUGGCCAGCCUGUCCUCCUCCCGCCUGGAGCUGGCACCAACAUGAAGUUGGCGCUGACCUGUGAGGCCAGGAUGGUGUUUUCAAUAAAAGGCUGAGAAUGCCAGCAGGACAAGGCA